ACGUACUCAAUUUACUAAUCAAUGUACACACCCGUGAUCAAUGGUGUGUUGACAGUACACGAGAUAUCCUACUCAUAGGACAAGCUGUGUCUGAAACUGGUGAGAUGGCUGAACAUUUCCAUAACGUUAAAAUUUCAUCGGAAAACGUGACAGCAUACAGAACUUUACGACCUGGUGAUCAGCUGGCAGUUGAAGGAAAGAUGAAUGGAAUUGAUUAUUACCAUCACGGUAUCUUCAUCAGCCACGAGGACGGAAUCAUUGAUUUCGGUGGAGAAAACAAAGCAGAUGCAAGGGUGAGGCAAGUGGAUUUGCUCGAAUUCACCGGUUAUGGGAGAAAACGAUUGGUAAAAAUAACGUACCCAGACGGCAAAUGCCUGCCUCCUGCUGAAGUGGUAGAAAACGCCAAGAAACUCCUGGCCAAUCCAAGGAAAUGGGGACCAUACGAUGCCUUUAAAAACAACUGUGAACACUUCGCAAUGAAAUGCAAAACAGGCAUAGCUCACUCACUUCAAGUUCUUCAAAAACUGAAGGAAUGUAUCAUGAAUCCUCUUCAAAUAUUCGAAUAUGCCGCUGUUUCAAGCGUUGGGGGUAGUUCUAGCAUGUCGGGGUCUUCAGGAUCUUCAGGCAUGUCGGGUCGGGAUCUUCAGGCAACUCGAGAUCCUCGGGCAUUUCCGGCUUUUCAUGAUAUGUCUCGAGAAGUUUAUGACAAAUAACAAGUAUUCUAGUGUGUGCUUAUUUUCUAGACAUGUGAGUCUGUAUCUUCUGAUUGAACACAAAUAUUGAUUUCAAUUAAAUCUCUUGACGAA